AUGACCAAGCCAUCAACAUCUCGCAAAGUCGGCCCUCCUCGCAAGGCCGCCCCUCCUCGCAAGGUCGGCCCUGCCCGCGCAGCAAAGACGAAUCACAAAUUUGGAAAAUCUAAGGCGAGCGAUACCUUGCCUGUCGCCGACGGUUCUGUUGGAGAUGGAAGCCCUGAACCAUCCCCUACCAAUAAGGAUUCUGGCGCACUUGCAGAUGAUACCACUGUGGUUGACUUGUGCCUUCCGACCGAUGACGAACUUGUUGUACCAGAUAGUCCUGAUGUCCCAGUACUCCUCAAGAAGCGCAAGCUACGUCAGCGCAGGAAAAUAUCUUCUGCAGCGCGUGAAGUUGAUGAACAUUCAAGUGAGGCCUCUCCUGAGGGCAGCGACUAUGAACAGAGCGAGCCGGGCUCCAACGAUGACGAUGCCGACAAGUCACCUGUGCCUUCUCGUACACAGCCUGAUCAAGAAGUAGACGAGGAUCGCGUCUCACCUGCACCUCCUGCUCGAAGGGCCAAGGGUAAGGGGAGGGAGCAGCCUCCCCCUGCGGAUGAUGAAGACCUACACGACGUUCAGCAUCAGGUUGACCUUGACGACGGUCAGCAGCAGGUCGACCUUGACGACGGUCAGCAGGAAGUUGACCUUGACGAAAAUUCUGGUGAUUCCCUUCUGUCUGGCCGACUCCCGCAGGAAGCCAUCGAUAAGGCUGUCGCCCUGGGUGACAAAACAGUUGCAGAGGCGGAGAAUAUUGCCAAGGAGUAUGGCAAAUCAACACGCACGAUCUUGAUUCAAGCCGGGUUAGCGGUGAAAACUACUCGGGCUGACAAUAGUUGGAACAUGUACCAAGCGUGGUACAAGAUGAAGUACCCCAAGUCUUCUGACAUGUCUACAAAUGACUGGAAGCAGAUGCAACGCGACCGUUGGCUCAAAGACUCCGACCAGCGUGAAAACCCCGAAUUAUGGAAGGAGGUCCGCGAGUUCUGGGACGGGAGCUCCAGGAUCGCAGAGGAGUCCUCGAAAGCGUUAUACAACCGUGUCAUGGCUGUGUGCGAUGCCUUUGCCCUCAGUUGCCAAGCUUAUUCGCGCCUGGAGGAUAUUUAUGUGGGGGGAUUCGUAUUAUACACAGGUACUGCCGAAGCGGGUCGACGAGCGGCGGGGGUGUUCGCUGGGUCACCACUUAUCCUGGACCUUGUCAAUAAGAAGCAAGCAGACAUCAAAGAACUUUUUGAUUACUUGACGACUGUCAUCAAGUACAAUCGCAUUGACGAUACGGCCUCCUUGCCGUCCUUUACUCGUUUUACGGCUCCGAAAUUCAAUCCUGAGCUCUCUUGCGAGAAAGGGGAGGGAACUCGUGACCGUAAUCGUUGUGUAGCUCCCAUCAUGAUGGUAGAAAAAUUUGAAAGUGUUGGUAUUCCGCACGAGGCGAAAAAUAUUCCCUGGAAAACCAUGCUCAACUCGCUAUACCUUCACCAAGCACAGGUUGUCGACUGGCCUGCAGGUGUCCCUCCUGUGGGCUCCGAUUUCGUAUUCAAGGACUUGAAGACCGACGAGCUGAAGGCACUAGUUGGUCCCUACCUAAAGCACUGCAUGGGCUCUGACUACAAUGCGGAACUUGCUCGUGUCGAACACCCGGAGCUGAAGAAGAAAAGGAAAGAUCAGUUAAGUGGGGUGAAGGUUCCUGAGCAAGAAUUGAUGUUCGUACCUUGGUCGGAUGAGUCUAAAGACUUGAUGAGCAACGAAGAUUCCGACAUGUUGAACAUCCCCCUCAUCACCGACACGGAUGGUAAAGUCCAAUGCACUCUCAUGGAUUGCGUUCUGUUUAUGAAGAAUCUGCUGCCUAAUAUCGAGGUUCCGGACCCUGCCGCUUCCCCUCGCGAUUCUCCAACUCCUCAGCCCUCCUCACCACUUGCCUGGUCCCCUUCUCCACCACGUAGGGAUCACCGCAAGGUCUUGCCACUUCCCCGUUCCAAAGUUGCUCCUCGUCAACCUUCGUCGCAGCAAGGUGUUGUCAUGCAUACUUCGAACCCUCAACUUACGUCUCGAACGACUCGGCCUGCACCUAGCGUACCUGUGAAAUCUCGCAAGGCUCCAGAAUUCCCACCUGUUCGGAAGCGCCGACGAGAUGAGAGUGAUGAUGAGGAUAACAAGGUGCUAAGACGCAUCAAGAGCAGCGCUACACACCAUUAUAAUCCCUGUGACCAUCAGCAGCAGCGUCGUUCGCAGCACCAUCCCACUCAUCUACCUCGUCAUUGUAGCCGAUCACCACCUAUGCGCCAUUCUCGUCAAUAUACCUAUGCGCAGUCCAGAUCUCCCGUCCGACACCAGUAUGCUUAUACCCGAGAGUCUGCCCCCAUUGCUGGUCCAUCGAGGCAUGGGACCAAGGCUUGGGUGUCUCCAACGGAAGAGAAGAAGAGCAGGAGGAGGAGGAUGGUGGCUACGAUCAUGAUUACUACGAAGAUUAUUAAUGAACUUCGUUAA